AUGACUGAAACGCCUGCGAACGUGGCGUGGAAGCGGUCCUGUCGUCAAGUCGGUGUCUGUGCGUUUGUUCGUGUGCGAGUGUAUCCAAACCGCAGUCCCCCUCACAGGGUCAUAUUACCCACCUCCUACCAUGUAUCGACUUGUUUUUUUCGAGCAGACCUCUGCAACUCCUCGCAGCGGCGUUCAACAGCUGUUUGCGCCUGUAACCGAUCCUCGUCUCUCAUUGCGGGCGCGGACCCACACCAAUUCCACCGCAUUCUUCGGUCUCCACUCAUCUCACUUCUUGAUUAA